UUCCUGUUAAUCGCAGUGUUGUUGAGAUGGAGAAAGCCAUGUGUGUCGACGCAAAGAAAGAAGAAUUUAUGGAAUGACGUCUAAUGGACAUGCGUCUUAUCAGCGUGCACCGUGGAGAGACAUAGGAGCUGAAAGAGAAACGAAGACCAAAGUACUUUUCCAGUUGUUUAUUUUGAACACUGGGACAAACCGAGAAGACAGGUUAACUUUUAACCUCAGAGAUUUAAUUAGACUGUGCCCAUCUCCCGGUGUGGAGGGGGCAAGAUGGCAGAUCCCAUCAUGGACCUGUUUGAGGACACACCUUUGUUCAACCUGGAUGCUUUGCCAGAUGACUCUUUCUCUCAGGGCUCCUCUGACCCUGUGGAGGAGGCCCUAAAGCUGGCCCUGGGCCAGGUAGACCCUCCUGCUGAUCCUGAGCCCGCCUCAGAGCUCACGGUCACCACAGGCUUGGGUGUGCCUGAAGUAGCUACUACCAUCCAAGAUCCUAGCACAGUUCAAGUCUCCAUACAGCAGCCAGCACCAGUGGCCUUCCCUCAGACUGUUUCCAUUGCUGCAGCCCUGGCCCCAGCUCCUGUUGAGGCCGAACCUCAGGUCCAGGCCCAGACCACCGUUCCUGUAGCCAGCAUCACCAGUGGGGCCACCACUGUCCUACUGAGCUCACCACUAACAGUCGCCAGUUCCCAAGUUGCCUCCACCACCACAACCGCCACUCAACAGCUUACACAAAUCACUCACCAGCUUACUCCUCAGCAGCUAGCUGCCAUCACCCAGCAGGCCGGUGGGAAAAUAGUCAUCCUGAAAGGCCCCCAGGGUCAAGCCCAGGUGCUGCAGACCGUAUCAGGAGCCACAGGCUCAACUGGUGGAAAGGUAAUCCGCGUGUUAUCUGGCACUCCUUUGAGACCUGGCAUGUCCAUAUUGCCAGGAGGGACAGUUUUGAACCAGACCAGCCCGGGCCAAGCUCAAGUCAAGGUGGGUGCUGCUGGGGUGCAGAGGCUGGUGCAGUCUCCCAACGGGCCGGUGAAACAGGUUCUACUGACCUCCAUGCCCCAGCAGGUGCAGCAAACGCAGAGCCAGCCAGUGCAGGUCCAGAUCCCAGCCCAGGCACAGAUUACCCAGGGCCAGACCCAAGUCCAGAUCCAACCCCAAGGCCAGGCUGCACAGAUCCAGAUCCAGCCACAGGCUCAGGUGCAGCUCCAGCCAGCCAUGCAGGCCCAGACGCAGGUCACAACAGCUUCUGCUGCCUCCACAGGGAGAUCACAAGGGGUAACGCUCACCACUGUACCACAGCAGGGUGGUGAGGCAAAACGGAUCACCUUGGUCCUCCAACAGCCCUCGCAGGCAGGUACUGCAACUGCCCAGGGUCAAGCCUUGACGGUGGCCACUAGCGCAGCCCAGCAGCAGGUCCAACAAGUCCAGCAGGUCCAGACAGCACAAGGGGGCCAACAGCAGGGCCAGCCUAGGUUGGUGCUGGGCCAACUGCCUGGGGGCAAACUGGUUCUCCAGGGUGGCCAACUAGCAGCCCUUACCCAGGCCCGGGCAGCUAGCCAGGCAGGAGGACAGCACAAAGUCCUUACUAUUCAGCUACAGGUGCAGCAGCAGCCCACCCAACAGGGAGGGGUGAAGUAUCAGCUCGUUUCAGGGCCAGGCAACAGCGGCAGCCCGCAGGUAAUGCAGAUCUCUCAGGGCCAAGGAGGUCAGAGAGUUGCUGUGCCACUCAAAAUGUUGCUUCAGCCUCAGACAAGCUCUGCCUCCUCGGCUGGUGGCACAGUCUCUUUGGUGAAAGUCAUUAACAGCUCAACGGCAGGUUCCUCCUCCACCACCACCAAUGCCUCCCAGGCCAUCCGCAUCACAAAGGCCAGCGGCGAGCCUGUCACUGUGCGCCGUGUGGAAACUCUUUGCAAACAGGAGAAGGCAAACCGCAUUGUGGCAGAGGCCAUAGCCCGGGCAAAGGCGCGUGGAGAGAAGAACCUCCCUCGAGUCCUGAACCAAGACGAGCUUCCAGCCAGUCAGACCCCCACAGAGAUUGGAGGCACCGUGACACUUGUGGCAGCGAAGAAGAAGGCCAGUGGGGGAGGGAGCAAGAAGAAAAGCCCUGUUCCCGGGGCGGUGGGUGCAAAGGGUGGAGUCGGGGUUGACAAGAAGAGCAAGGCAAAGCCAGCAGGGGGCCUAGUUGGCGGGGUCGGCACUACAGGGACACCUGGGACUGGGAACAAGAGCAAAAGCAAGGCCAAGAUUAACACCAUUACUUUAGUAGGAGCAAAGAAAAGGAAGAGGAACAUGUCCUCAGACCACUCUGAUGGAGAGCUGAGCCCUGCCUCACCUGCAGCUAUGGAGGAGGACCUGUCAACGAAGAGGCGCUCCAACCGGGUGGUAAAAAGGAAGAAGUACACGGAGGACCUGGACAUCAAGAUAACGGACGAUGAGGACGAGCAGGAAGACAUAGAUGUUACAACAAACACUACCCCUGUGACCUCCAUCGGUGGUGUGACCGCAGCACAACAUAUGGGACAGCAGCUCAAACAGGAAAUGGAGCUGGAUGGAGAUGGACUACCCAGCAUGCAGUUCUUUGUGGAAAACCCUAGCGAGGAAGAUGCAGCGAUUGUAGACAAAGUUCUUUCCAUGAGACUGACCAAGAAAGAGGUGUCUCCAGGCCAGUACAUGAACGUUGAGGAGUUCUUUGUGAAAUACAAGAACUAUUCCUACCUACACUGUGAAUGGGCCAGUCUGGAGCAGCUGGAAAAAGACAAGAGGAUCCAUCAGAAGAUCAAGAGGUUUAAAGCCAAACAGGCACAGAUGAGGAACUUCUUCCAGGAGGAUGAAGAGUCAUUCAACCCAGACUAUGUAGAAGUGGACAGGAUCUUGGAUGUGUCUCACAGUGUGGACAAGGACAAUGGAGAGCCGGUCAUCUACUACCUGGUCAAGUGGUGUUCCCUGCCCUAUGAAGACGCCACAUGGGAGCUGAAGGAGGAUGUGGAUGAGGGCAAAGUUGAAGAGUUUCGCAAGAUCCAGCAACGACAACCUCGUCUUAAGCGAACGCCAAGGCCCCAGGCAAGUUCAUGGAAGAAGCUGGAGGAGUCCCGAGAGUACAAGAGUGGGAACAUCCUGAGAGAGUACCAGCUGGAAGGAGUCAACUGGCUGCUCUUCAACUGGUACAACAGGCAAAACUGUAUCCUGGCAGACGAAAUGGGUCUGGGCAAGACUAUCCAGUCUAUCUCGCUGCUGUCGGAGGUGUUUGCCGCUGGCGUCCAGGGCCCCUUCCUAGUCAUUGCCCCUCUGUCCACCAUCACCAACUGGGAGAGGGAGUUUACCACCUGGACCCACAUGAACGCCGUCGUCUACCACGGCAGCCUGGCCAGCCGACAGAUGAUCCAGCAGUAUGAGAUGUACUGCAAGGAUGAAAAGGAGCACCUGAUCCCGGGCGCAUACAAGUUUGAUGCCCUUAUCACUACCUUUGAGAUGGUGUUGUCCGACUGCCCGGAGCUGAGGGAGAUCUCCUGGCGCUGUGUGAUCAUCGACGAGGCUCACCGCCUCAAGAACCGCAACUGCAAACUGUUGGAUAGCCUGAAGAUGCUGGACCUGGAACACAAGGUGUUGUUGACUGGCACACCCCUCCAAAACACGGUGGAAGAGCUUUUCAGCCUGCUUCACUUUCUGGAGCCUGCCCAGUUCCCCUCCGAGACAGAGUUCCUCAGAGAGUUCGGUGACCUCAAAACGGAGGAACAGGUCCAGAAGCUGCAAGCCAUCUUGAAACCUAUGAUGUUACGAAGAUUGAAGGAAGAUGUGGAGAAAAACCUGGCGCCCAAACAGGAGACCAUCAUUGAGGUUGAGUUGACAGACAUCCAGAAGAAGUAUUACCGGGCCAUCCUUGAGAGGAACUUCAGCUUCCUCAGUGUAGGAGCCAGCAGUAAUAGCAACGUGCCCAAUCUGCUCAACACGAUGAUGGAGCUUCGCAAGUGCUGCAACCACCCCUACCUCAUUAAUGGUGCAGAGGAGAAAAUUGUGGCAGAGCUGCGGGAGGUGUACGACCCACUGGCACCAGACUUCCAUUUGCAGGCCCUGAUUCGGUCUGCUGGCAAGCUGGUGCUGCUGGACAAGCUGCUGCCACGCCUUAAAGCAGGCGGCCACAAAGUGCUCAUCUUCUCUCAGAUGGUGCGCUGCUUAGACAUCCUGGAGGACUACCUCAUUAACAAGAGAUACUUAUAUGAACGCAUUGAUGGCAGAGUGCGGGGUAACCUGCGACAGGCCGCCAUUGACCGCUUCAGUAAGCCUGACUCAGACCGCUUUGUCUUUCUGCUGUGUACCCGCGCCGGAGGCCUGGGUAUCAACCUCACUGCAGCAGACACCUGCGUCAUAUUCGACUCUGACUGGAACCCUCAGAAUGACCUGCAGGCCCAGGCACGUUGCCACCGUAUUGGCCAGUCUAAGGCAGUCAAGGUAUACCGUCUAAUCACCAGGAACUCCUAUGAGAGGGAGAUGCUAGACAAAGCCAGUCUGAAGCUCGGCCUGGACCGAGCCGUACUGCAAAGCAUGAGUGGGAACAAAGAGAGCAACGUUAACGGAAUUCAGCAGUUCUCCAAAAAGGAGAUUGAGGACCUGCUGAGGAAGGGUGCCUAUGCUGCCAUUAUGGAUGAGAAUGAUGAAGGAAGUCGCUUCUGCGAGGAGGACAUUGACCAGAUCCUGCAGCGCAGAGCUACCACCAUCACCAUAGAGAGUGAGGGCAAGGGCUCCACCUUCUCCAAGGCCAGUUUUGUAGCUUCUGAGAACCGCAACGAUAUUGCUCUGGAUGACCCCGAGUUUUGGCAGAAGUGGGCCAAGAAGGCGGACAUCGACUUUGACUCUGUCAAUCGAAAGAACACCCUUGUGAUCGACACUCCCCGAGUGCGCAAACAGACGCGUCAGUAUUCUAGUUUGCGUGGUGAAGGUGGCGAGCUCUCUGACCUGGACAGUGACGACGAGUACCCACCCGCCAACUCCAGACAGUCGCGGGCCGCUCGGCGCUCAGAACGCCACAGUGGAGGAGGCUACGGCCGCACCGACUGCUUCCGGGUGGAGAAGCACCUACUUGUCUAUGGUUGGGGUCGCUGGAGGGAUAUCCUGUCCCAUGCCAGGUGUAAACGGCGUCUGGGUGAGCGUGAUGUGGAGACGAUCUGUCGCGUCAUCCUGGUCUUCUGCUUGCUCCACUACCGAGGAGAUGAGAACAUCAAGAGCUUCAUCUGGGAGCUCAUCACGCCACCAGAGAAUGGCCGCGAGCCCCAAACUUUACUCAACCACUCCGGUCUGUCCAUCCCUGUGCCAAGAGGCAGGAAGGGAAAGAGGGUCAAGGCCCAGAGCACCUUUGACGUACAGAAGGUGGAAUGGAUCCGCAAGUACAACCCUGACACCCUGCUGCUGGAUGACAGCUACCGCAAACACCUGAAGCACCAGUGUAACAAGGUGUUGCUGAGGGUGCGUAUGCUGUACUACCUGAAGCAGGAGGUCAUUGGGGAACAUGCUGACUCUGUUCUGAGAGGGGCGGACGCCAGGGAUAUUGAUAUCUGGAUGCCUGAGAUGGAGCAGCAGGAGGUGCCGUCAGGGUGGUGGGAUACGGAGGCCGACCGCUCCUUACUCAUAGGAGUAUUCAAGCAUGGCUAUGAGAUGUAUACAACUAUGCGUGCUGAUCCUUGCCUGUGUUUUCUGGAGCGAGCUGGUCGACCUGAUGACAAAGCCAUUGAUGCCGAGCAGCAGACUGGGGAUCCUGAGCUGGCAGAUGACGCUGACUAUGAUAAGUACUCUGAAGACCCGGAGUUCAAGCCUGCGUCAAGACACACCAAGGACCUUUUCGACGAGCCUGAAUCCAUGAAUGCAGAUGAUGAGAUCUCUGUGGAAGACAAGGUGGGCCCAGCGGUAACCGAGACCUCCACCAGCCAGAGCGGAGUCUGUGAUUGGCCCACCAGCUCAUCACUCACAGCACGACUGCGGCGGCUUAUCACUGCCUACCAGCGCAGCUACAGGCAGGAGCAGCUGAAGAUAGAAGCUGAGGCCAAGGGCGACCGCAGGCGCAGGCGGUGUGAACAGGCCAGCAAGCUGAAGGAAAUAGCACGUCAGGAGCGUCAGCAGAGGUGGACACGCCGGGAGGAGUGCGAUUUCUACCGUGUGGUGUCCACUUUUGGAGUGGAGAAGAUUAAGAAGGAGCUGGGGCUUCCCGACAGCCAGGAGUCUGAAUUUGAUUGGACCCGCUUCCGAACCUUUGCCCGUCUAGACAAAAAAACAGACGAGAGCCUCAGCCGGUACUUCCGCUCCUUUGUGGCCAUGUGUCGGAGGGUCUGCCACCUACGACCGGCUCGUGAAGAAGAUCCAUCCCAGGUCUCUCAGUCCCUGGCUCCCAUCACAGAGGAGCGUGCUUCCCGUACGCUUUACCGCAUCAGCCUGCUACGUCGUCUUCGUGAGCAUGUCCUGCCCCACCCUUUGCUGGAGGAGCGUCUGCCGCUGGCCCUGCCCAGUUCGGAGUUGCCCACCUGGUGGAGCUCGCCAGACCAUGACCGUCAGCUAAUGCUGGGCGCUGCGCUGCAUGGUGUCAGCCGCACUGAGCUCUCCAUCUUCUCUGACCCACAGUUCACCUUUAGCCAGGCCCGCCAGGAGUUCCUCCAGAACCAGCAGGCCCCGCCCCUUCCCCCACCCCAGCCGCUGCCUGCCACACCUGUCACUCAGCCGAAGGUGGAGAAUGAGGUGCUCAUUGUGAAGGAGGAGGGCAUUGAAGGGGAACCCCACCUGCUGGGAGCUGAAGUCAGCGCGGAGCUCCAGUCCACACCGCUCAGUCACCACGACGGCAAAAGUCGAGGACAGGGCUGGAGCGUUAAGAGGAGCAGAGGAGGUAGGAGCAGAGGAGGAGAAAGGAAAGAGGGGAGAGAAGGUGCGUCUGAUUCAGAUUCCGACUCUGAUUCUGGCUCCUCUUCAUCGGACCGAUCAGGCAGCACUGAUGAGAGUGGAGAGAGUGAUGCAGAGGCUGAGAGAGCAGAAAUGAAGAUGCAUGAUGGAGAUGAGAACAGUUUGCUCUCCAUGACUCCCUCUCAAGAUGGUGUGCCUCCUCCCGAUCCUCUCAGGGUGGAUUGGCCGAAGGAUCGUGUGUUGAUCAACCGUCUGGACAAUUUGUGCACACUUGUGCUGAAUGGCCAGUGGCCAUCAGGGCGGCGCUACGUGACCGAGGCCCAGCACAACCCCGGCCCCGACGAGCUGGGAAUGGAUGAGCUUAGCUACGCGCGGCUGAUGCGGAAGCCUAACAGCAUGCCAGGAGUUGCUGGGGUGGAGGGAGAGGAUGGAGAAUUCACCGUCAAGCUCCUCAAGGAGGAGGGGCUGAAACUGACCUUCUCUAAGCAAGCCCUCAUGCCAAACGGGUCAGGGGGAGAAAGCAGCAGCCGCAAGAGGCGCAAGGACCAAGAGUUUUCCGAUCCAGACGGAGCAGUCCACGACUUGGCGGAGCGUAUGCCUCGGCGCAGGGACCCGCCUACCUGGCUGAAGGAGAAU